AACGACACUUCGCACACCAACAUCGACAUCAUUGAGUAGUCCAAGUCUGCUCGCUCCUUGAAAUCCGUCGCCAUGGCGAAGAGUAAGAACAGCUCCCAGCAUAACCAGAGCAAAAAGGCGCACCGCAACGGUAUCAAGAAGCCAAAGACCUCAAGAUACCCAUCUCUUAAGGGCACCGACCCCAAGUUCCGAAGAAACCACAGACAUGCCCUGCACGGAACGAUGAAGGCCUUGAAGGAGUUCAGGGAGGGCAAGCGGGAGUCGGCAUGA